AUGGGACUGUUCAAUGUCACUCAUCCUGCUUCCUUCCUCCUGACUGGCAUCCCUGAUCUGGAGAGCGCUCACUCCUGGCUAGCAGGGCCCCUCUGCGUGAUGUAUGCCGUGGCCCUCGGAGCCAAUGCUCUGAUCCUACAGGCCGUGAGAGUGGAGCCCAGCCUCCACGAGCCCAUGUACUACUUCCUGUCCAUGCUGUCCUUCAGUGACAUGGCCAUGUCCAUGGCCACAUUGCCCACUGUGCUCAGAACCUUCUGCCUCAAUGCCCGCAAUAUUGCUUUUGAUGCCUGCCUCAUCCAGAUGUUUCUCAUUCAUUCCUUCUCCAUGAUGGAGUCAGGGAUUCUGCUGGCCAUGAGCUUUGACCGCUAUGUGGCCAUCUGUGAUCCCUUACACUACGCCACUGUGCUCACCAAUGGAGUUAUUGCAGGAAUAGGUGUAGCUGUGACAGCUCGGAGUUUCAUCACCCUCUUUCCCCUUCCCUUCCUCUUCAUGAGGCUGCCUAUCUGUAGCUCCAAUGUUCUUUCCCAUUCCUACUGCCUGCACCCAGACAUGAUCAAGCUGGCCUGUGCUGAUAUCACUAUCAAUAGCAUCUAUGGCCUCUUUGUUCUUGUAUCCACCUUCGGCAUGGACAUGUUAUUUAUCUUCCUCUCGUAUGUGCUCAUUCUGCAUUCAGUCAUGGCCAUCGCUUCCCGCAAGGAACGUCUGAAAGCUCUCAACACUUGCGUGUCACAUAUCUUGGCUGUGCUUGCGUUUUAUGUGCCGAUGAUUGGGGUUUCAGUAGUGCACCGCUUUGGGAAGCAUGCCCCAUGCUAUGUACAUGUCCUCAUGUCCAAUGUUUACCUCUUUGUCCCUCCUGUGCUCAACCCUCUCAUUUAUAGCGCCAAGACAAAGGAGAUCUGCCGAGCCAUUAUCCGUAUGUUUCGCCCCAUCAAAACGUGA